AUCAGAGCGCACGGGAGCUCAGCUGUUUUACUACUGGAACGCAAGGAAACUUUUUUUCUUUUUUUUUGGCGCUUGCAGAAGUUCAGCGCUCGUUCAGUGCCUGGAGGGGAGCUGCCGGACUCGGGGCAGUUUCCUAGCUCUUUCCCGCUCAAGCCACCGUGCAAGAUGAGCGCAGCCGUGGAGGAAGCUGUCUUGCCGUCUAUCUCCACCUUUGCCGGAUUGGUGCCGCUGGAAGACCGGCAGCCCGACAUAGUACAGCAGCAGCAGCAGAGGAUCCCCACCCACGUGGAGGGCGCCGCGACCAUCAAGAGGGAAGCGGACGAGUUAGGGAACUUCGUCGACCUGGAGUUCAUCCUGGCGCACACCACGAACGGGCAGCCCACGGGGGUGGCGGCGCCCCCGCACCCCAACCCCAACUACCCGUUGCCCGAGACUCCCGAGAGCUGCGGCACCACCUACGACAGCGACAGCUCCAACUACCAGCAGCCCUCCAACAAGUUCGCCGCGUCCUACAUGCCCAGCCCCGGCCACAGCUACAUGGCCGAGCUCUUCACGCAGGACAUGCAACAGCACUCGGCAGCGGGGCCGGGCCCUUGCGAGCUGCAGCGGCGGGAAUACACGGAGCUGCGCGCCCCUGGCUUGGCCCACGCUCCCCCAGGCUUAGCUCGGGGCCUAUCCAUGGAGCACCUGCGCGUCAAGCAGGAGCCGAUGGACGUGCAGCCGUGCAUGAUGAGCGGCAGCCCCGAUUGCCUGGGGCCUGCUCCUCUGGACCACAAGCCCCUCCUGAUGCAGGCCAUGAUGCAGCAGCACCAGCAGCCGCCCCUCCCGCAGCACGCGCCCUCCGGCUUCCCCAGCGAGCAGAUGAGCCCCGCGGCCCAGUGCCAGGUGGCCGGCGACAUGCACGCGCAGAUGGGAGCCCCCCAGCACUACCCCCGGGGGGCCCACCUCUUCCCGCCCAACUUCGCCGGGCAGAUGCAGCCCCAGUUCCGUGGACACUUCAGCGUCUUCCGGGAGUCCUUGAACGCGCACGCCCAGGGCCUGCACGGGCUGCUGGUAACGCCGCCCAACUCGCCCGUCUUGGAUUACUAUGCCCCGAUGGGGCCCCCGGAGGAGUGUAAGCCGAAGAGGGGCCGCAGGUCCUGGGCGCGCAAGCGCACGGCCACCCACAACUGCGAGUUCGCCGGCUGCGGCAAGACCUACACGAAGAGCUCGCAUCUCAAGGCGCACAUGCGGACCCACACGGGUGAGAAGCCUUAUCACUGUAACUGGGAAGGCUGCGGCUGGAAAUUUGCACGGUCAGAUGAACUAACACGCCAUUACCGCAAACACACUGGUGUCCGGCCCUUCCAGUGCCACCUCUGUGACCGUGCCUUCUCCCGAUCAGAUCACCUGGCCCUGCACAUGAAGAGGCAUGUGUGAAGCAUGGCCUGCUCCCUGGGGCACCUGGGUGGGAUGUGGUAGGGAUGAAGAAGAGGGGGAUGGGACAGGACAACGGGGCAGGGACGCAAAGAGACUCUGAACUCUAUUUAUGAAGGGAUGGAAUAUUUUCUUAUUGGAAGAGGUAAAUUAUGUAUAUAUUAGUAAAACAUUUUAAUAUUUAAAGAGGAAACCCAGUUGGUUCAUCCAUGGCAAUAUGGAAAACGUUUGUGUAUUUAAGAGUGAAUAGUUACACAGAUCUAACUGCAGCAGAGUAUAUGAAAAAUUGCACUGGAAAUAUUUGUGUGUGGGCACUAUAAUUGUGGCAGCAUAUCUCUGCCAUUCCCAUUCCAAAUCUUCAGUGUGCACACAGCUAUAGUUCAAAGACUAUGUCAAUUGCCUCAAGCGAGUUUAACUUUUUAAUGUUUUGCUCUGUACAAUGGUCUUUAUUUUUUAUCUUGUAAUGUAAAAUGCUUGCUCUUGUCGAACUACCUUUUUGUAGUAGGUAUCCUUGAGGAAAAGAGGGACAAAUUUAAACUUGCUGGCUCCUUUUGUUCAAAGGGAUGGUGCCAAAAGGGACAGAUCCAAAAAGGUUGGCUUGAACUAAGUUACCCCAGUGAAUUAAAACAUCUGCAUCUCAUACUAAAAAUUUUUAAUCAAAGAUAGAUGGGGGGGUGUUACCUCAUGUUUUGCCAAUGUAUAUAAUGACCAGGGAAGGGACUAGGGGGAAGUCAACUUUUUUCUUUUUUCUAAGAUGGUCACUUCUGGAACAGGCUGUAAAACCAAAAUAUAAACCCUGAACAAAAGGCAAAACUUACUCUGGAAGAUCGCAUGAGCUGAAGGGUUUCAAGGACCAAUGUAGUGCAAGACAAUCCUGUUGAUACUUAACUCAGAAGCAAGUCCCAUUUGAGUUUAAUGGGACUAACAGCACAAUCCAUGCAUUCAAAAAAAGCACCAUUGAGUUUAGCAAGUGUUCUAAGGUGGCCAAGCUGAAAAUGAGGACAAGACUCCGGCACCUUUAAUUAGUUGUAUAGUUGUAUAGUUUAAUAGUUGUAAGUUGUCACGCAGGCUUACAUCUUCUACACAACUUUUAUUAAGCAGAGGAAUCCUGUCUUUUUUUCCAGCCGUUAACCCCAAAGUAUGCCUAGAGUUGCAUUGUUAAUUCCCCCUCCCCCUUGUCCUGCUCAGGGAUGGUGCUAAAGCAUUGCCAAAAAUGCCUUAACAUUCAAAUACACUUUUUUCCUGCAAAAUUGAGAUAUCGCAUAUUUAUAGGUGAAACCUUGAAAAAGUUGCCGUAUAAAUGUGUACUACUUCGGUGCUGUCAACCAGCUAAAUUUAUUGUGGAUGCGAUCUUUGCUUUCAAGGGCACACUGAAAGCAGUGGGAGCCACUUUUAAAUAAGUUUAUAUAGAAUUGUGCUUUGGCUGGCUAACUGUACAAUCCUAUACGUUUACUGAAAAAUAAAUCCCACUUUUUUUCAGCAGGGCUUACUCGCAGAUAAGUGUGCAUAGUACUGUAACCAAACUGUCUUAGCUUUUAACUGACAAGAAGAUGUCCAUACAUCUGCUUAGUUGCAAUACCUCUAAGUGCUUUGUGAGAAUGUAACAUGAUUUUCAACCUCUUGUCUUCGUAAAUGGGAAAGAAAGCCAUCUUUGCUUGCUUCUUAAACAAAUGUGUAAGGCAAGGAAUGCUCCAAGACUCUUGUAGAUUUAUGAAUUUAACUAGCGACAUUUUUGUAAAAGUACAACUGAAAACUAUGGUUCUGUUCUUGCAAUCAUUUGUCCUGAACUGCCCAUUCCUUUGCUCAAAGCAAAGAUGCUGUUUGGAUCAUGAAAGCAAUCUGUUCUACAAGGCUAAUGAUUUGGUUGAUUAACUGAUAACCUUUUAAAAUCUGUUUUGGUGUCUCCUUCCAAAGGAUGAUCAUGAAGCCAGGUACUGCUGCAGCUGCAAUCCCUCUCCUACAACUGCCAUGGCAGCUUUUUUACUUUUCAUUUUUUUGUAAAGGGCAUUUUUGUCCAUUUCUGCUAUACUUGAAACUUUCUUUCCAAAGAGAAAAGGACCCUCUCAAUAUGUAGCUCCUGCAAACAAGUUGUAAUUCUUUUUUAAAAUGCUGUAAAUGUAUUGUUAUUGUUUUUUGUUGUUGUUUUUUUAUAGGCUAGGUAAAUGACCUCAGCCCUGGUAUGUGCACUGCACCUGUCUGUAUUAUAUUGUUAAUAUUGUGUGUGUGUUUGGCUUGGGCCCAUCGAGCAAUCUACCGUGCAAAAUGUUAGUUUUCUCUAUAUGCAUACCUUUUAAAGAUUGUUGAUCUGAUGCAGACAAAUAAUAAAAAAUCUGAACUAAA